AUUUCGAAAGUCGCCACCGGAAGUUGAUUGCGUUUGUCAGACUGUCUCGCCAAGUUGAAGUUCUAGCUUCAGCGUUAGUUAGCAAAAAAGAAUGGGCGAUAAAGGUUUAUCAGAGGAGGAAGUGGCUGCAGCUUGUAAAGAUGGAUACCCGAUAACAAAGGAUUUCAUGAUGCAGCAGACUAUGCUGCGGGUUAAAGAUCCAGUUAGGUCAUUGGACUUCUACACCAGAAUCCUGGGCAUGACGCUCCUGCAAAAGUUUGACUUCCCCUCCAUGCGUUUUUCUCUCUACUUCUUGGGCUACGAGGACAAGAAAGAGAUUCCCGCAGAUAUAAAGGAGAGGACGGCAUGGACCUUUUCCAGAAGAGCCACCAUCGAGCUGACACACAACUGGGGAACUGAGAAUGAUGAGUCUCAAUCUUAUCACAACGGAAACUCUGAUCCACGUGGUUUUGGACACAUUGGAAUUGCAGUUCCAGAUGUCAAAGCUGCCUGUAAAAUGUUUGAAGAACAAGGAGUUAAAUUUGUCAAGAAGCCUGAUGAUGGUAAAAUGAAAGGUCUGGCUUUUAUUCAGGACCCCGAUGGCUACUGGAUUGAAAUUCUGAGUCCUAACAACAUGGUGUCCAUUACCUCAUAAAAGCUGACAACGUGCUACCUGCUGCUGCGCAUUCAGGCCCGACUGGCUAUGGCCUCAGUGAAAUAGCAGAACGUCGGAAUUUAGCAAAGCAAUGAGCAGCACGCUGCCUGCGGAGGGUUAGUGAGAAUCACUCAAUGCACAAUGGCAAUCGGUGUCUUUUGGCAUCGGCUGCAUUAAUGGUUGAACAGUUGCGCAAUUAGAUUUAAUACCUGAGUUGUUGUUGUUGUUGUUAUGGAUAAUUACUUUGUAUAGCUGUUUAAGUUUAAGUUCAUCAGAUCCUGCAGCAUGUGUUUUAAAAAGUGACACUGCUGAAGUGAAGCAGUAUUAAUGUGUAAUACUAAUAAAGAGAUGAACCAUAAAGUUUAUUAAAUCAUAGUUUUUACUUGGC